AUGACUACCGACAACGCCAACAAAGCCAACAAAGCCAACAACGACGCCAAGAGCAACCCAAACUUGUCUCCUGUCAUUGCUUCAUUUGACAAGAUCAAAGCCUCCAUGCUUGACACCGUUGCCUAUCUUGCUGCUCAUGCUGGUAGCGGUGACGAUGACGAUGAGACUUCCGCCAAAACAGCACUCGCCAAGCUUCAGCCAGCCCUCGACAGCAUCCCGCUGUUGGAAACAACAUUGUUGUCGGACCUGCGCCUGGAGCAGCAAUUGAAGGACGACUUGAAGGAUCUCGCCAAAGAUAUUCAAGCCGUCAUUGCUGCAGCCAAGACCUUUCUUUCUCAAGACAAACCUUCCCUCAAGGACGCCCUCAAGGCUUUGGAGCCGUAUAACACCAGCUCGGCGACAGCAGCAGCAGCAGCAUCACCAUCGUCAUUUGCCGUAUUGGAGCGGCUACAAUCCUCCGAGUCAUUGUUGUCCAGCGACAACAAGGCCAAUGACAAUGCGGAAAUGGCCGUUGUUGCUGAUUGUUCUCGUUCUUCUCGUUCUUCUUCUUCUAAUACUUCUCCAACCAAGAAGCGGGAUGCCGAUGAAGCUGCUGUCGACAAGAUGAACGAUGACCAACGAUCUCCCAAGCGUCUCUCGCCCAACAAGGAAGAGAAAAACUCUCAGGAUGAUGAAGAAGAAGAAGAAGAAAAGAAGGACGAAGAACCAUCCAUUGAUGAUGCUGCCAAGAAGAACGAGGAAGAGUCGUCUCUUAUUGCUGCUACUGAUCCAACAACAGAUGCUGCUACCGUGGAUGGAAGGGACGCUGCUACUCCCAAGGACAACGUUCCAACCAACGAUCCUACUGAUGCUACCAUGGUGGAUGGAAAGGACGUUGUUGUUGUUGCUGCUGCUGCUGCUCCGGAAAAGGAUGACGCUCCAUCCGUUGCUACCAACGAACCCAUGGCUGAUGCUGGAAAGGACGCUGCUGCUGCUGCUGCUCUGGAAAAGGACAAUGCUCCACCAGUUGUCACCUCCAAGGACGACUCUAUGGAUACUACUACCAUGAUGGCAGAAGGAAAGGACGCUGCUGUUCAUGCUGCAAACUUGGAUCCCACCACCACCACCACCACCACUGCCAAGGAAGCCGAGGAAGCAGCGGAUGCGAUUGCCAAAAAAGAGGCUGAUAAGAGCCUUGCUCCCUCUGCUACCACCGUCGAGAAUCCUGUAGCCAAAGCUGGUGCGGUUUUGGCCGAGGCCUAG